GGUUUGCAAAUCCACGGUGUCAAUGCUGUUUCUGAAAAUUUCUUCUCCGCCCAUAGUUUUUUGUUUCAGCGUCACAUUGUUUUUUCUCUACGCUUUCUCUUAAAUCACCGACUCCCUCGAUCUUCACACCUAAUCUUCUCUUACCCCUAUUUGUGAUUUCUGCAUUAUAUGAAUGUCACUCGGUGCAGUAUUGAUUUAACAGAUCUAUGGUUAUCAAAUUCCUCUUGGCCGGUCUCGAUUUAUUAAUCUCGUUCAACUAACUCCUCUUUUGGGCGUAAAUCAGGAUUUUUUCAUGGAAGCAUUGCGAAAAUAGAGACUUAAUUGGAGUUUCGCUCGGUAUGUUUCUAUCUGGGUAUGUUUCAAUUCGAUAGAAAUCGAUUGAAAAUCAAAGGUUUCUUUAUUAUUCUCGGCUGAUUGGAUAACUGGGUUUCUCUCAAGUAUGGUUACCGUCAAUCUUGGGAUGCUUCAUUAUGUAUUGGACCAUGUGUAUGGGGCAUUUGUUCACAGGACAAAGAUAAGCCCUCCAUUUUUUUCUAGAGGAUGGGGAGGCAAAAAGCUUGAUCUUCUGGAGGGAUUGAUCAAGCAGCUGUUCCCUGAGGUUGAAGGCCAGAAUUGGCCUCCUAGUUUGGUGCAACCCAUAUGGAGAACGGUUUGGGAAACUCAGACUACUUGUUUGAGGCAAGGGGUUUUCAAGACUCCCUGUGAUGAGCAGAUUUUAAGUGCAUUGCCUCCUGAAAGUCACUAUGCAAGGGUUGCUUUCCUAACCCCAAAAUCCGUGCCUCCACAAAAGAUGGCCUGUGUCGUUCAUCUUGCAGGCACUGGGGACCAUACUUUUGAACGAAGGUUGCGUCUUGGGGGACCUUUGUUAAAGAAAAACAUAGCAACUAUGGUGCUUGAGAGUCCCUUCUAUGGACAAAGGCGGCCGGUGCUUCAGCGUGGUGCAAAACUCUUGUGUGUGAGUGACUUACUCCUACUAGGAAGAGUCACCAUUGAAGAGGCCCGCAGUCUCUUAUAUUGGUUAGACUCCGAAGCUGGGUUCGGCAAGAUGGGUGUUUGUGGACUUAGCAUGGGAGGAGUACAUGCUGCUAUGGUUGGAUCAUUGCACCCUAUACCUAUUGCUACACUCCCAUUUCUCUCUCCGCAUUCUGCUGUUGUGGCAUUCUGUGAAGGGAUAUUAAAGCAUGCCACUGCAUGGGAGGCACUGAGAGAAGAUCUUGCCAUGCAGAAAGCUGCACUGACGCUUGAGGAAGUGAGAGAGCGAAUGAGGAAUGUAUUGUCUCUUACAGAUGUCACACGCUUUCCAAUCCCCAAAAAUCCCAAUGCUGUUAUAUUUGUUGCUGCCACUGAUGAUGGUUACAUACCAAAGCACUCUGUGUUGGAGCUUCAAAGAGCUUGGCCCGGCUCAGAAGUAAGGUGGGUUACUGGGGGGCAUGUCUCCUCCUUCCUCCUUCAUAACGACGAGUUUCGUAAAGCAAUUGUCGAUGGACUCGACAGAGUACAGUGGAAGGAGUCGUCUUCAUGACACCAUCGGGCAAAUGUGAAGAGGUGAUGGCUACAAUUUAUCGGGUGUUUCCCUCACCUCGAACUUGUAAAGUUACAUUCUUCAUUACAAUUAAUGGAACAAACUGCUCUGAUUUUCCACAGAGAAUGUGAAACAACUUGAGUAAUCAAUAAAUUGCUCGAGUUUCUAAUGACA